AAAAAGAAAGAAAGAAAAAGCCUUCAACUUGAAGCACAGCACUCUUUGAUUUCCACUUCUUCUUUGAUCUGUCCCUUUUAAUUUUUCUUCUCUUUGAUUUUGAGGUCUAAAAACAUUGCCUCGAACCCAAACCCCCCCCUUUUUUUUCCACUCCCAAAAAACAAAAUAAGAAAAAAAAUCCAAACUUUAUCUAUCUUCUAUAAGAUUUAUAAAUUAAUUAUUUUUUUCUUGUUUUUAUAGUGUUUUUAUAGUGUUAAUCGCCUGGUAUAGAUUCUUCUCCAAGUGACUCUCAUUUUCUAGCUCAAUUUGUUUUUUAGGCUCAUCUGCCACAAAACCAACAUCUUUUGGCCUUAUAGUGUUUCUUGCCUUUGAAAAAAAAAAAACAAUCAAAGAUUUUUUUUCAUUUUUUUCUUCUAUGUUAUUAGUUAAAAGUUGUUAACUUUAUCCUCAAAAUCUUGAAGUAGCUGAAUAUUGAGUGUUGUUUGAACUUGGAACUUUUGCUCUCAAGCUAUUUCUUUGGGCGAUUUUUAGUAAGGCUGUUUUGAUUGUUGAUCUUGAUGCUUUUUUGGUUAAUUUUUUCCCUUUUUUGAACUGUUCUGAAAUCUGGGUAUAUUUUUUUUUUGGUUUUUUCUAGGAAUUUGGUCUUGGCAUUACUUGACCUUUAAUAUUUUGUGAUCUUUUGAUUUGGGUUUUAACUGCAAAGUGAACUUGGUUUCUCCUAUUACUUUGGGGGCUUCCUGUUUGAUGCCAAUUGUUUUGUUUCCAAAGUUUUGAUGCUAAGAUGCAGCCUGAUCAGAGAAGAAAGUCAGCUGCGGAUGUAGAUUUUUUCACUGAAUAUGGUGAGGGAAGCAGGUAUAGAAUAGAGGAGGUAAUUGGAAAAGGAAGCUAUGGUGUUGUUUGUUCAGCGUAUGACACUCAUACUGGAGAAAAGGUUGCUAUUAAGAAAAUCAAUGAUAUAUUUGAACAUGUAUCUGACGCCACCCGAAUCCUCAGAGAGAUUAAACUUCUCAGGCUCCUACGUCAUCCAGACAUUGUUGAGAUCAAGCACAUAUUGUUGCCUCCUUCAAGAAGGGAAUUUAAAGAUAUAUAUGUGGUAUUUGAACUUAUGGAAUCUGAUUUACACCAGGUUAUCAAAGCAAAUGAUGAUUUGACCCCAGAACACUACCAGUUUUUUCUUUAUCAGCUUCUUCGGGGCCUGAAAUACAUUCACACAGCUAAUGUUUUUCAUCGGGAUCUAAAGCCGAAAAAUAUCUUAGCCAAUGCUGAUUGCAAACUGAAGAUCUGUGAUUUUGGACUUGCAAGAGUAGCUUUUAAUGACACCCCCACUGCAAUAUUCUGGACGGACUAUGUUGCAACAAGAUGGUACAGGGCUCCGGAAUUGUGUGGAUCCUUUUUCUCCAAGUAUACCCCAGCAAUAGAUAUAUGGAGCAUUGGGUGCAUCUUUGCUGAACUUCUAACAGGGAAACCUCUGUUUCCUGGAAAAAAUGUUGUCCAUCAAUUGGAUCUGAUGACUGAUCUUUUGGGAACACCAUCUGCUGAAGCCAUUGCUAGGGUGCGUAAUGAGAAAGCUCGGAGAUACUUGAGCAGCAUGCGAAAGAAAAAGCCAAUUCCUCUCUCCCACAAGUUCCCUAAUGCAGAUCCUCUUGCUGUUCGUUUGUUAGAAAGGAUGCUUGCUUUUGAACCCAAGGAUCGACCUAGUGCUGAAGAGGCCCUAGCUGAUCCAUAUUUCAAGGGCUUGGCCAAAGUUGAAAGGGAGCCUUCCGCACAACCAGUUACCAAGAUGGAAUUUGAGUUUGAGAGACGUAGGAUUACAAAGGAAGAUGUUAGGGAGCUCAUAUACCGUGAAAUUCUUGAGUAUCAUCCUAAAAUGUUGAAAGAGUAUCUGGAAGGAUCAGAGCCAACUGGCUUCAUGUAUCCAAGUGCGGUUGACCAUUUCAAGAAGCAGUUUGCCUUCCUUGAGGAGCACUAUGGAAAUGGUACGACUGCAGCUCCACUUGAGAGACAACAUGCAUCUUUGCCAAGGCCAUGUGUGUUAUAUUCAGAUAAUUCAGUACAAAACUCAACAGAUGUGACAGAUAACUUAUCUAAAUGUUCCAUCAAGGAAACUGAGAAACCCCAAACAGAGAGAAGCUUUCCAAUCCCUAUGUCAAGGCUUCCCCCUCAAGUUCCUCAAAGCAUCCAAGCAGGUGCUGCCAGACCUGGGAAAGUAGUUGGAUCAGUAUUGCGAUACAACAAUUGUGGGGCAGUAGCCGCAGGUGAGGCUCUUGAACAGCGAAGAAUGGCUCGGAAUCCUUCAGUUCCAACUCAGUAUACUGCCACAAAUUGUUCAUAUCCACGGAGAAAUCCUGUCUGUAAAGAUGAUGAAGAAAAUGAAUUGCAGCCAAAACCCCAGUACAUGGCUAGGAAAGUUGCUGCUGCCCAAGGUGGAUCAAGAAGUCAGUGGUAUUGACCUAAUAUCAACUACAAAUGGCCAACAAAAAAGGCCGGUGAGGAUUUACUCCCAAAUUGCUCUUCCUACUUCUGGUUGAGGAAAGCUCAGACAAGUUACAAGCGAAGCUAUGCAUUGUAAUUUAUAGCACUAAUUUCAAAGAGAUGAAACUGUGCCUACUUAUCCUUCAUAAGAUAUGGGAAAGUUAGAGACUUGAGGAAAAGGCAAAAGUGAACUCUGUAACUUAUGAAGUUGGUUCUCUACUUUAUUUAUUCUUUAUUAACACCCUUAUCCCUC